GCUCCGGAAGCACUAUCCAAUGCGCGACUGGCGGGUGGCCCAGUACUACGGCGCAGGUCACCGUCAUGGCGACCCGGCUAACUGUGAGUCGCUGCGGUCCUCUGUCUGCAGCUGCCCGCAGAAUCCCGCUGGUGUCCUGCCGGAGGUGGUUCGGCGCCUCGGCAGACACCAUGUACGAUGUGGUGGUAUCAGGAGGAGGCAUGGUGGGCGCUGCCAUGGCCUGUGCCUUGGGACAUGAUAUUCACUUUCAUGAAAAGAAAAUCCUGUUGCUAGAAGCAGGUCCAAAGAAAGUACUGGAGAAAUUGCCAGAAACUUACAGCAACAGAGUCAGCUCCAUUUCUCCCAGCUCUGCAACCCUGCUCAGCAGUUUUGGUGCCUGGGAUCACAUCUGCAACAUGAGAUACAGAGCCUUCCGGCGGAUGCAGGUGUGGGACGGCUGCUCAGAGGCCUUGAUAAUGUUCGAUAAGGAUAAUUUAGAUGACAUGGGCUACAUAGUGGAGAAUGAUGUCAUCAUGCAUGCACUCACUAAGCAGCUGGAGGCUGUGUCUGAUCGAGUGACGGUUUUGUACAGGAGCAAAGCUGUUGGCUAUUCCUGGCCUGGCCCAUUUUCCAUGGCAGACUCCAGCCCUUGGGUCCAUAUUACCCUAGGUGAUGGCAGCACCCUCCAGACCACACUGUUGAUUGGUGCUGAUGGUCACAACUCAGGAGUACGGCAGGCUGCUGGGAUCCAGAAUGUCAGCUGGAACUAUGACCAGUCUGCUGUGGUGGCUACUCUGCAUUUGUCUGAGGCCACAGAAAACAAUGUAGCCUGGCAGAGAUUUCUUCCCUCAGGGCCGAUUGCUCUGCUCCCGCUCUCAGACACCUUGAGUUCCUUGGUUUGGUCCACAUCCCAUGACCAUGCAGCACAGCUGGUCAGGAUGGAUGAGGAAGAGUUUGUAGACGCUAUCAACUCUGCCUUUUGGAGUGAUGCUAACCACACCGACUUCAUCGGCUCUGCUGGCAGCAUACUGCAGUAUGCUGUUGCUCUUCUGAAGCCCACUAAAGUCUCAGCUCGCCAGCUACCCCCAAGUGUAGCCAGGGUGGAUGCCAAAAGCAGAGUGCUCUUCCCUCUGGGGCUGGGACAUGCAGCUGAGUACGUCCGGCCUCGCGUGGCGCUCAUUGGGGAUGCAGCCCACAGAGUCCACCCACUUGCAGGACAAGGUGUCAACAUGGGCUUUGGGGAUAUCUCCAGCCUGCUUCAUCACCUCAGUACUGCAGCCUUCAAUGGAAAAGACUUAGGCUCCAUGAGCCACCUCACAGGUUAUGAAACAGACAGACAGCGUCACAACACUGCUCUCCUGGCUGCUACUGACUUGCUGAAAAGGCUGUACUCCACCAGUGCCAUUCCUCUUGUGCUGCUCAGGACAUGGGGCUUGCAGGUCACUAACGCUGUGUCUCCACUCAAAGAACAAAUUAUGGCCUUUGCCAGCAAAUGAGUGCUCUCUUCUGAAGAUUAUGUUGAUGAAAAAAAAAA